UAAUAAGACCCCUUCUAAUUGAUAAAGAUUAGAGUCUUAUAAAGAAUAUGCAUAUUAUUUUAAUUUGGCAUCUAAAGUAUAAUGAUAAUAUCAUCAUUAAAUUAUCUCGGAACAUAAGAAGUAGAGAAUAAUUAAUAAGUCGGUUUAUAUACGAAAACAGGCAUAUAAGGAAUAUAAAAACGUCGAGAAUAAUAAAACGCCCAUCUUUGCUAUUUUCUUAGAUUUUUCUUAACUUAGAUCAGAUUUUUUUUUUGUUAAAAAAAAAAUAGUAUACAAAGCGACGGUGUUAUACCUUGGCAUUGUUUCCGGUGAUGUUCGGCCACAUCCUCAACCCGACGGGUAAGCGCUCGCCCCACAAGAUCCUCCGCAAGAAGCUCAUCGGCGACAUCAAGAACGACGACCCCCUCGUCGUCGCCCGCGAAGAGAACGAGCGGUUGGCUAAAUUUGAAAUGUUGAAGCACCGUGGAAAGGGUCCACCAAAGAAGGGGCAGGGAAGGCAUGCUGUUAAGCGCAAUAAAUAAUUACACCAUCUUAACUUUUUUUUAAUUUUAUACAUGAAUCCUCUUGUUCAAACAUUGAAGGGGUCUGUAUUAGGUUUUCAUUCCUGAUUGUUGAUCGCAAGGAUCGAUUCUCAACAUAAUUACCCCUUUUUGUUUCAGCUAAUGUACUGAAACCUUCGUGCCACUUUGUACUUGGAGAUGACAUUGGCAUUGAAUUGCUAUCAAAAUCUUCUCAUCCAUUGUAUGGAUGUGGGGGCCAGUUUUCAUUAUCCACAGUCAAACUAAAGCUCAUUUAUAUGAGACAUCAGUAAACAAUUGUGAUUCUCCUGU